ACAGAAAGGUGUACCUGUACAUGUCCCAGUGUCAGACGUAAUAGUUCAGCUCCCACCGGUACACGAGACUUUCCUCUCCAACUGUCAGACGUGAAAGUACCGUACCUCUACCGGGCGUGAAAGCUCGUCGACCAGUGUCGGACUUAACAGUAUACCUCCCUUCGGUGGACGGGGUACUUUCUCUCAGCUAGAUGUCAGACGUGAAAGUACCUCUACCAGUGUCUGACGUGAAAGUGAAACGGUUGUCUGCUCCCGUUGUCAUACGUGAUAUUACAUCUUCUACCAGUUGAGGCAAUACCUGCUGUUGGACGUGAAAGUAACUCUACCUGUCGGACGUGAAAGUAACUCUACCUGUCGGACGGGAAAAUUCUCUCGUUGUCACGCGUCAUAUUACAUCUCCCACCGUUGGACGCAAUACUUCUUCUCCUGUUGUCAGACGUAAAAGUAUCGGACGUGAAAGCUUGUCUGCCAGGAACAGAUGUGAAGGUAUUCUUUCUACUAUUUGACGAGAUAAUACCUUCUCCACGGUUCUAGUCGACAGUCAUUUCACAAUAUGGUACGCCAGGCGACGAGCCGGUAAAAGAGCAGACAUAUCAUGGAUGUUACUGCAGGGUGUUCUUUGAUGUGCAACAACGAUGGCUAUCAAGAGGAAAAAACCGAAGCCACAGAAACUAUGUGGCUGGGAAGUGGACGAUGUAACUAGUCAUACUCUAGGUAUCGAGACAUGGAGUAACCUACAAGUUCAAAUCCACGAGCGCCACGGAAAACUCAAAAAUGUACCAGAGCACGCUACGUACAAACAUUUACCCAAACGAAGGUGCUCUGGUUUCGAGGACACCGAUUCAUUCGAGAAAGAAAGUCUACAUGAACAUUUCUUCAGAAGAAAGCCCGAUAUUGAAGACUCGAAUACCUCUAUAAAUUCUAGUCCAAACACAGUCACACAGCUGCCAAAUGGACCUGCUCGUAAAAGAAGCACACACGCAGUGCGUGUACGGACGGCGGGUUCUGUACGUCCGAGUGAUGAGGAAAGGUCGAAGACGCGGGAUGACCUUGGAGUGCCAUACAAAGAAAGUGGCUGCGCUAUCCAGACCCUCCCCAGGACUGGCUUGCCUUUCGGUCUGACAAGGGCGGUAACUGACCUUGGAGAGGAGAGAUCACCCACCAUGCGCAGAAUGCUUUAUUACUCCCGAAAGUACGCAUCUAAAGACGACGACAUACACGAUGAGGAGGAAGAUGAGGGCUACGAUUCUAAGACUCCAAGUGAGGAAAAAGAAAUAAAGUUGUUUGAAACUCCUUUAAUUAUAAAUCAAUGCAGUCCUGCCAAUGGCCGGUAUCAUCAGGACUUUGCUCGUGCAAGCAAGAAUGGGCAGCGCGUGGCUAAGUUCUCAUACACGCAUCUGUCGUCUCGGCCUGUGGGUUACGGACCCUUCGACGACGAUCCGCGUAAUGGUGCUGAUCCGAGGACUUCCGGUGAAACGCAUAAAAAAUCUAAACAGUAUUUAGAAGAAUCAAAGGAAAAUAUUAGAAAUAGCAGAAAGUUGGAACGUUCACAUACUGUUAUGGUUGACAAGAACGACACAAUAACAGCCUCGGAGGAUCGACCGUCUACAAUUAUAUUACGUAAGAUUAGUAUACAAAAUUCCCACGGAGAAGGAACGCAUGAGACAGUGUUCGAUCUCCAAAAGUCGUUUCAUAGAUCACAAACAACUAUAAAUGAACAUACUUCGGAUAUGGAAAAUUAUCCUGUCAACGUUUCUAGUUCCGAACUAACGUGUCCACAGCAUAGGCCAUAUUCACGAACUUCGCAAAAGAUUACAAUUGACUCGAGUAAGCUCGCUACGGGAGACGUUUUGCGAAAGACGCACGCGGGUAUAUUCGAUUUGCAGCGGUCCCAUACGACAGUGUGCAUGCCGAUUGGAGAAUUGCUUCCAAUGGCAGAUCACUUCCACACCAAGUCGACAUUGUCCGCUUAUCCGGAACUCCCCACUACGCCCAGUAGCGCUCGCGACCCGGAGGACAAUUCUAAACUGGCUAAUAUGGAUGACGCCUCCCUCGAUUAUUACUCAAUACACAAAAACAAUACACUGUGUUCCGGUCCUUUCCGUCAAGCCAAGUCAUCUCAAGACGUUAGCAUCCGAAAACCGACCGUACCACAUGUGGAUAUUUACCCCCAUUCAGCACCCGUCAUUUCGCCGUCCCCACAAGAGCCGCGCACGCGACUCACUCAUUCUAAACCAAAGGAGGGACUUCCCUCUGGGACGACCACUCUCGAAGUUAGUAUGAGCGGCAUUGAUAUUGAAAUAAAACAAGAAUUCAAGAAGAAACUCCAACGUGCCACAACCAUCGGGAAAAUCAAGCUUUCUACCAACCCUGACCGAGACACGAAGAAGAAACUCCGCGAUGCCUUCUCUAGGUUUUAUAACAGACGUUCGUAUGGACCUAACCGAAACGUUAAUUGGUCAGAGGACCUCAGAUUUGUGUGGAACACGUGACCAACGCGGAUGAAGUUAUCUAUGUCAUUUUAAACUAUAAGUAGAACACGAGAGCAUUGUCAUGUUGAUUGUCAGCAGCCUCCUCAUUGUUUAUUUUAUGGGGUCAAUAAGUCAAAUGCCUUGUUGAUUUUGUGUGAUAUAUGUAAAGACCUGACAGUGACAAGGUGAAUGUGUAUACAUAAUAUGUGAUAUUUAUAGAACAAGAAAUUGAUAUGCACACUGAUUACUUCCGGUUUGUAAUGAACACGUGAAUGAACAUAUCAUUAAUUGCGGUCUAGUGCAAACGUGUAACUGAUACACUACAAAAGUAGGGUAUCACUUAUAAAUUUUACAAAUAUAACCCAGCGGAGUAUGACAUGAUGUACAAGCCAUGCGUGUUAGUGUUGUUUAAAACAAGCACUUAAAAUUGAUUAUAAGGGUAAAAUAGUGUUGGAUGAGUUUAUCGAUGAUGUCAGUUUUCUUUAUUAUUUAUAAAAAAGGCAUUUAAGAAAGAAAAUGUCUGCAUUGUUAUGUGCCAAUGAUAUUUAAAUACUGUUUAUUGUAUUACUUUUGUUUAUAUUUAUCUAUGUUCCUCUUUCAUUUCAACAUUUUUUUUUAUUAAAAAUAGCCUAUGAAUCAGGUUGAACAACAGGCUACGCCUCUAUUAGUUCUCUCCUGUGAGGUGUGCUUCUGUUAAAGUAGUGUGUGAUCUGGGAUCUUUAUUUCUAUUAAUGUAGAAUCGAUAUGUGAUCUUUGCUUAUGUUCAAGAUACCUGUACCAGUGCCAAAAAACGUUACUAUAUAUUUGACAAUAUUUAAUCUGGCAUGACUAUAUAUUUGAUAAAUCGAUUAAGGGAUCCGGCACAUUUUGGGAAUUAUACCCAUUUAUGUUUCAGAACAAGUUUAAACAACUAAUAUCAUGACCGAUAGCGAGGUAGUUUAGCAACAUGCUUUAUCGACAGGUCCGGGGAUGGAAUCCUCAAUGCGGAGUUGUUGCUUGUUUUGUCAGAAUGGUAAUUAUAGUAAAACUAUUUCUUUUUGUACAUUACUUUCAAAUGAGCAAACAAUUAUAAAUAAAAAAGCCAAACAAAUUGGAACAUUUUUUCAUUGGAAAAUCGACAGAGGUUGCUGGGGAAAUCUACUUUAACUAUUACGAGAGCAGUUCAGUGUCUGUGACUGCAGUGCCCAGUGUGUGUAACUAUGUGACCGUAACACUUCCCUUCAAUCAUGUAUUAUCGCAAUUCAUUUGAGAGUGUAUGUUUCAGAAUACGCUUACGAAACUAUUAUAUAAAAUAUCUAAGGAAUUAUGACGAGUCUGACUGUAUCAAAUGAAUGAGUUUGUUUUCGAAUACGUCUUACAGUUUUAUAUAAAAGGGAGUGGGGAUGAGAGGGCAUUUUUAUCCGUAAACAUUACGUCACAAUUAUGUUUUCUUAGCAAACGAAGUCAUUCUAGUAAGAUGUGAAGAAAAGAUAUGCUCAUUAACUGGGAAGAAUAAAAAACAUAAAAGGCAGCAGUUGUACAUGCACUUGAUACCAUAUUUCCAGGAUCUGUAUCAGCAUUGCAUGGAUAUUGUCAAUGAUAGCUUAACUUGCGUACCUAUUUUAGAGAGUAGCUUGCUGCGAUUGUAUAGAUCUGACUGACACAUUUUCUAUACAACGGGCCAAGGGGAGAACGAGUAUAUGCUGGGGAUUGCAUUGCUGUCAACCGAUUUACAGUUUUGUCUUAAUUCCCUAAUCACUCUGUCAGGUGAUAAAAUAUCGAACAAUCAUGGAUCUUUUAACAUCAUUUUUUCUAUAUUGUUUAUUUAUCAACAAAUGAUUAACAAGUGCUAUUAAACUGAAUCCAUGCUUAGAAUUUUUAUUUUCUGAUUUCCAAAAUAUUUCUCGGGUCAGCGUUUAACUGUUAAAUGUAGAGUAGUUAUGAAUGCAUCCCACUUCGUUUAAUUAAGUUUCAGUUAUCACACAUAAACCUAUGAGUUUGGAAGAGGUCCAGCGUGUUUGGUGCUGUAGAUGCAUACUGUAGAGUAUGAUGGCUUCGCCAGAUAUUAAAAUAAUCAAACCGGCAUACAAAUUACCUGUUAUAAAAGUUUGAUGAAUAUAUGUAUUAUAACCAUUAUUUCUCUUUAAUUUUAUGAUCACGAAUUUAGAUCUGUCUUAGAUCUGCCGUAAUUGUCGCAGCAAAAUGUCAAAGUUGCUUUGUUUAGAGUUUCCUGGCUUAGUUUUGUAUGUAAAAUACAAUCAUAAGUGCUUUGAUUAUUUAUAUUGCUUCAUUUGUAACUCAAAGAUCAUGUUGAGAGCAGUGUGUAUACAUGUGGCGUUGUCUUCUGAGCUUUUUGUUUGAUGAACUGUUGACAUACCUCAGGAAUUCAAUCCAUGUUAAUUUGUUGUUAUGACAAAUACAAUAUUUAUUUCUUACAAGUAUGUUGUUUUGUUAUAUGUUUGUAACUAAAAGAGGAUCUACGACCGAGAAAGCAAGAUUUCAUUAUAAAAUCAGUUUAAGAUAACAUGUUAUCGUUACUCUACACUUUAUCCCGAUUUGCGUUAGAGUUAUCUCUUUCGAAUAUCAUACAUGAAAUAACCUGCGUGUCGUCAAAUGCGUUCAUUCCUAUAAACUUUUAAAAGGUAUUUCAUAAAUACAUAUAAGCGAACUUUGAUCUUGAACUUACCCUUUCUUGAUAGAAACGUCCUUGUGGUGCUUA